AUGUGUAACAUACUAAUAUGGAAUUGUAAAGGGGUAGGUAACUUAACUACAAAAGCACAAAUUAAGAAAUUGACAGCACAACAUAGCAUACAGUUAAUAGGAGUCAUGGAACUAUUAGUAGACAACUCAAAAACUGAAAUAAUCAUGAGAGACCUUCAUAUGGAGCAUGUGUGGGCUAAUAGUAAAGGAAAAUUUUAGGCUUUAUGGAUUUGAUACAUUAAAUGUCAACUACAUUAUAGAUCUACAACAAUGCUCAACUUUUGAAACUUCAAAUGGAGAGGAAAAAAUUAUACUCAAUGUUGUAUAUGCUUCUUAUGUACUGGACAAAAGACAAGAGUUGUGUGAUUUUUUGAUGGAUUAUGCACAAGUGGUCCAAAUCCCAUGGAUAAUCAGUGGAGAUUUCAACACAAUUAGAACCUCAAUAGAGAAGAGAGGAACAACAAAUAUACUUACCAUGAAUGCAUUUAAUGAUGUUAUACGAGUACUAGAACUUAUAGAACCCAAGCAUGAUGAUAAUCAAUGGUUUGGUGGAAUGGGGCCAAAGUUGAUAAUAGGAUUUACCAAAAAUUAGACAAGUGCUUAAUGAAUAACUAAGCUUUAUUGAAGAUGAAUGUUAGCAUGGAAUACCUUCCAAUUCUUAGAGCUUACUUAAUUUUGAGGAAGGUCAAUUGCCUUGCAAACAUCUAUGACAAAAUUCUACUCCUUAGCUAAGAGUUGAGUUAGUAGUUUAGCAAGAUUAGUAAAGCCUUCAAUAAAUCAUCAAUAAAAGCUUGUGUGACCUAGGAGUGGGAAGAUGAAGGUUUUGUAUCACCUCGAGUUUUAUCUUGUUGACCUCUAAUCCUCACUAACUAACCAAGUGACCCAACACCACACCUUUGAUGACCAUGAGAUGGGAUUUUUUCCAACUCAAAACUAACUUCUCUGCAUAAAUCUGCAACACUUUAGUUAAAUUGAUCAAGUACUCAUCAAAAUUUUAACCAAAAAUAGAGAAAUCAUUUGUGGAUGUCUUUAAACAAUCUUCUACUAAUGUGGAGAAUAUGACAUUCAUACACUAUUGGAAGGUGGCUAGUGCAUUACACAGCUCAAAAGGUAUUAUAGUGAACGUUGGGCAAGUAAAUGUUGUCUUCUCUUGAUCAUCUAGAGAUAUACCCUAAGUAACUAUCUAAAAAAUUAAAAUAAUAUUGACUGAUAACAUGCUGAUUAUCAUAUGAAAAUAGUCAGAAUUAUCAUGUCCAAGAGCUUUAAUCUUUAUUAUGUAAUCAAGAAACCUUGUGCAUUAAAAGAACCAUGGGUUGAUCAUAGAAGAGUGA